GCAAAUGAAGGCCUGGCCCAUGAGCAGCCUGAUUGGUUGUGGUAGGGGACCAAUCAGAGGCACUUUCAGCUUUUCGUCUGCCAUGCAGAAGAGGGGAGGGUGGCUAAGGGAGUAGCCUCUGGUCCUUUUGUUACUUGGGCAUGGAAAGUUGGGGUUUUCCUUUUGAUUUAGUUCUAAGAAGUCAGAGUGAAUCUCGGCUUUAAGUUUCCUGCCUCCAGACCCUAUCCUCCUGCCUCGAGGUGAACUCUCAAAUUAGCACUUUCCCAAGAAAAGAAUUCAAGGGUCAGUCAGUGGUGUUAGAAAGCCAUCUUUUAUUGAAUGGUUCUGCUCCUUGAAGCAUGGUAACUCAUAGGCAUUGCACCCAGAGCCUAAAAUGCAGGGUCUCCUGGCAACUGCAUUUAUACUCACAUACACCACUUUCAAAGGGAGGCCAUUGUCACAUCAUCACAGGUCAGCCAAUCAGGGGGACACCUCCCUUCAAUGACCUCCCUGUCCCAUAGGAGUUCUCAGGCAGCUUCAAUGGAAGGAGGGAGCCAAGAAGGGGGCCUGGUAUAAAUUCAGAGAUGAUAAUUACAACCUGGAUCGUGUAUAUUCUUGCUCGGAAAGGUGUAGGGCUUCCCUUCCUACCAGUAACCAGUUCGGACAUUGACGUUGUGGAAAGCGAGGCUGUAUCUGUAGUACAGCACUGGUUGAAAAAAACAGAAGAAGAGGCUUCUCGGGGCAUAAAGGAAAAGCUGUCCAUCAACUACCCUUCCCAGGGCAUAAGGGAGAAGACGUCCAUUGACUCCCCUCCCACCCAUGGCCAAGACGUCCAUGUGACCAGAGAUGUGGUGAAGCACCACCUCUCUAAGUCUGAUUUGUCAGCAAAUCAGAGCCAGGAGGUCUUGGAGGAGAGAACACGAAUCCAGUUCAUAAGAUGGAGCCACACUCGUAUCUUCCAAGUGCCAAGUGAGAUGACAGAACACAUCAUGCGAGAUCGAAUAGAGCAGGUGAGACGAAGCAUAUCACAUCUUACAGAUUGCUCAUCUCAGGACUCCAGUACGAGACCCUCCUACUGGGACUGCUAAGAGCAACAGGUGGAAGUCCUUCAGGGUCCAGGAACAACCUGGACCUUCUGUGUCAGAAGAACAUCUGUCUCCUGCUUGACCUGAAGAAGGGCCAGACCUGGGCAGAAAGACUCCAGCAGGUGAGCUCUUCAUGUCACAGUGUCAGCACUGGAGUCUUCUUGCUGAACUGCAAAUAAAGAGACGUGCUAUUUAA